UCGUGAACGAGCUUUGCCAAGCUCUUGUUGACGUGUUACUGGGUCUUGUUAUCAAAUGGCCAAAGGGCGAUAGACUGCAGAGUAUCGUUGAUGCCUUUCUAACGACAUGGGGCUUCCCUCAAUGCGCUGGGCCAUUGAUGGCACUCAUAUUCAAAUUGUAGCACCUUCAAAUUCUGCACAAGAUUACUACAAUGGAAAAGGAUUCUACUCUAUUGUUCUCCAAGCUGUUGUUGAUCAUCAAUACAGAUUCACUGACAUUUGCAUAAAGUGGCUAGGUCGAGUCCAUGAUGCAAGAGUUUUGUCAAACUCAGGAGUGUUUGCAAAAGCUGAAGCAGGAAAACUUUUUCCAGAUGGAGGAAAAGAGAUAUGUGGUUGCAAUGUACCAUUCAUGCUUAUUGGUGAUCCAGCAUAUCCACUGUACCAUGGUUGAUGAAGAGGCAUCCUAACGAUGGCAAUCUCAGUCCUGCUCAAAAGAAAUUUAAUUACUACAUAAGUUGAGCAAGGCAAGUCAUGGAGUGUGCAUUUGGCCGUUUAAAAAACAGAUUCAGAUGCCAAUUUAACAAGAAUUAUACAAAUUUAGAUCAUUUGCCUAUGAAAAUUGCAGCAUGUUGUGUUGUACACAAUAUUUGUGAGAGUAGAGCUGACAAACUUUUUGCAGAUUAUGUUGAACUUAUUCCUGAUGAUAAAAUUUCAGAAUUUGUUUUACAGAAUACAGAUGCAAGUGCACAGCAAAUUAGAAAUUCUUUAACUGAGUUUUUGAUAACACAAUAAGCUGAUGAUAGCUAAAUUACUCAUGUUCUUAAAUUAAAUCAAAGUUUGUAA